AUGUCGGCCAGUUCUCUUAAACGUAUGCACCUUUUCGCGUUAAAGGUCGUGGUGAUCCCUGUGGAUCCAUAUUUGCCGAUAUAUGCGACCGCCAACCUGGCAACUCUCGAAAACCCCCCCAAUGGUCCAAUGGCUAGAUUCACUAGCGACAGGGAUGCGUCCACGAAGGCAAAUGUGCUCGAGCAUCAGCUCGUACGAAUGUAUGGGGCCUUGGGUCUGGUGUGGUCGGCCCUCAACGAUGUGACCAAACCCUCCGAAGGCUCUAUUCGACGAUCGGAUCGAAAUGCGAAUGCCCAGAGGCCCGACUACAAUAUCAACCGGACAUUUUCCAGCAUCAGUUUGGGAAGUGAAAGUUCAAUUGAAAGCCAACAUUCUGGAACCUCUUAUACCGAAGGAACAUCGCCCAAGGAUAUGCACCUUGAAGAGUGCUCUGUGCACUUGCUCACCUGUGCGAUGCGUCUAAUCCUCCAUAACGCCCAACCAGAGAAUGCUGCAAUGGCGAUUGAGUUCAGGGCGCGGGAGAGAUUGACCCUGGAUAUGGGCACCUUCGAAUUCGUUGCCAUCGACGAUGGAGGUCUCCGCUGUCGAACUACGCUUGGAAAAGUGUCAGAAAACUUUGUUGCUGGCAUUGAAGCCAAGCGUGAUGUGAAGACCUUCAAUAACAGCCCCAUUAUAUACGAUGACGCCCUUGCCCAGAUGGCUUACGAGGUCAUCUUGGUGAGGGCUAACUCGGGUACGAAUGCUAACGUCAAUAGCGUUGUGAUUAUCCACAUUGCUGGGCAUCACGUCUGCUUUCUCGAAUUCCGGAUCAACGCUGCCUACCUCACCCAGUUAAGGCGUGGAAGGACUCCGACGGAGUUUCUCAGGGUGUCGGUUACCAGGAUGUUCAACCUAGAGCGAAAUUACGGCCGCACGCCAUUUGCCGAAAACAUGGCAAGGCUGAUCGCAUUCUCCCUUGUCUAG